UGGGCAGCGAUAGCGACGCAAUACAAUUUUAAAUGUUGGGCAAUCAAAAAUAACAAAGACCCCAGCAAUCAACCGUGUGGACAAAGGGGGAAGCCAAGGCGUCGAAAUAUGCAGAGAUCGCGGCCAGUGCAUUUAACAAUGUGGAGAAGUACCCAGCCAUCAACACCAACGCCAACGCCAGCACCUCAAUAGAAACACCACAACAGCAGCAGAAAACAAAAACACAUAACCGAGAAAUCAUAAUAAAAGGCAGCCGCCCCUUAGCGACGUUUCUGAUUGCGCUGGAUUGUGUGUGUGAGAGUUGACGAAUGCGGAGGAAGGAGCCGUGCAACAGGACGCGGACAGAAGGAGAAUAGCACCACGAACAGGAACCGGAACAGCAAUAACAACAUUUACAAUCUACAAAGCAAAACAAAACAAAACAAAACAAAAAUAGAAAGUUAAAAGCACAGAGAAAGAAACAAACAAAUAAACAAACACCGCCUUAGCCUUAGUGAAAAUACAACGACAAGAAGAGGACAAGAGAGAUCGAGAUCGAACAGAAACUAUAAUAUUCUUCAACCUAAUCCAAAAGAAAGUCAAUCAAAAGCUACAGUUACAAAUAUGUCGUCGCCCAGUGCUGGAAAACGUCGCAUGGACAAUGACGUGAUCAAAUUGAUUGAAUCAAAACACGAGGUCACCAUUCUUGGGGGCCUCAACGAGUUCCAUGUGAAAUUCUUCGGUCCGCCGGAGACACCCUACGAGGGCGGCGUGUGGAAGGUUCGCGUCUAUCUGCCCGACAACUAUCCCUUCAAGUCGCCGAGCAUUGGGUUCGUGAACAAAAUCUACCAUCCGAACAUUGACGAAUCGUCUGGGACGGUCUGCCUCGAUGUGAUCAAUCAGGCCUGGACGGCCCUGUACGACCUAUCGAACAUAUUCGAGUCGUUUUUGCCGCAGCUGCUCACAUAUCCGAAUCCGGUGGAUCCGCUCAAUCGGGAUGCCGCCGCCCUGUACCUGCACGAGCCGGAAGAGUACCAUCGCAAGGUGGCCGACUAUGUGCAACGCUAUGCCACCGAGGAUGCGCUGCGGGCGGCGCAACAGGAGCGAGAGAGCAGCGACAGCGAGUCGAGCAUGUCCGACUACAGUGAGGACGAGGCCAGGGACAUGGAGUUAUAAUAUCGGUUUAACUCUAAUCAAAUAUCAUUAACAUUAACGACAAACGCCUAAUACUAAAGCUUUAGCGCAGCUCUUCUCCUUCUCCGUCUCCGUCUCUGUCUCCCGCUAUCUCUCUCUCUCUAUCUUUUCUCUCGCUCUGCAUCUCUGCCUUUUUGGAUAUGACGAUGAUCUUUCAAAUCAACAAAUCAACAGCAAACGGCAA